AUGCUGCUACGGAGGAGAGCCCUGAUCACCCACCGAUCAUCCUUCAGACUUAUCAUUGUCCUACUAUGCUUACGGGUCAAGGUGUCUGUAGCGUCAGGGCAGUUCGAGUUGGAAAUCUUAUCCAUGCAGAAUCCCAAUGGAGAAUUGCUGAAUGGCAAUUGCUGCGAUGGCAGCCGGAGCCCCGCGGACAGGAGGUGCAGCAGGGAUGAAUGUGACACUUACUUUAAAGUUUGCCUAAAGGAGUACCAGUCCAGGGUGUCUGCUGGAGGGGCAUGCAGCUUCGGCUCAGGAUCUACCCCUGUCCUAGGGGGCAAUUCCUUCAGCCUGAAAUACAGCAGGAACAGUGACAAGAACAGGAUUGUGCUCCCUUUCAGUUUUGCCUGGCCGAGAUCUUACACCCUCGUCGUUGAGGCAUGGGACUACAAUAAUGAAACCAAUGAUCCUGAUGACAUCAUAGACAAAGCCCUCCACUCUGGUAUGAUCAACCCAAGUCGUCAAUGGCAAACGUUAAAGCAAAAUGCUGGCAUGUCCCAUUUUGAGUACCAAAUCCGAGUCAUCUGUGAUGAGCAUUAUUAUGGUUUUGGCUGCAACAAAUUUUGUCGACCAAGAGAUGAUUUCUUUGGACAUUAUGCCUGCGAUCAGAACGGCAACAAAACCUGCAUGGAAGGAUGGAUGGGACCUGAAUGUAACAAAGCAAUAUGCCGUCAAGGCUGUAGUCCAAAGCAUGGGACUUGUAAGAUUCCUGGAGAAUGCCGAUGCCAGUAUGGAUGGCAGGGGCAGUACUGCGACAAGUGCAUUCCUCACCCGGGAUGUGUCCAUGGCACUUGCACUGAACCAUGGCAGUGUCUGUGUGAAACGAAUUGGGGUGGUCAGCUCUGCGACAAAGAUUUGAACUCCUGUGGAACAUAUCAGCCCUGCCUGAAUGGAGGCACCUGCAGCAACACCGGCCCUGACAAAUACCAGUGUUCCUGUCCGGAGGGCUACUCGGGGCAAAACUGCGAAAUAGCUGAACACGCCUGUCUGUCUGAUCCUUGCCACAAUGCUGGUAGCUGCAUGGAAACCACGGGAGGCUUUGAAUGCAGCUGUGCUCCAGGCUGGACAGGACCAACCUGCACCAUCAACAUUGACGACUGCUCUCCAAACCCAUGUGGGCAUGGGGGUACCUGCCAGGAUCUGGUAGAUGGAUUUAAAUGCGUUUGUCCUUCCCAGUGGACUGGCAAGACGUGCCAAAUAGAUGCAAAUGAAUGUGAAGUCAAACCCUGUGUGAAUGCAAAUUCUUGCAGAAACCUCAUCGGCAGCUACUAUUGUGACUGCAUGCCUGGUUGGAGUGGUCAAAAUUGCGACAUCAAUAUCAACGAUUGCAUUGACCAGUGCCAAAAUGGGGGAACUUGCAGGGACUUGGUUAAUGGCUUUCGCUGUAUCUGUCCGCCCGGCUAUGCAGGGGAGCGCUGUGAGAAAGACGUCAAUGAAUGUGCCAGCAACCCUUGUAUGAAUGGGGGUCACUGCCAGGAUGAAAUCAAUGGAUUUCAAUGUCUGUGUCCCGCUGGUUUCUCUGGAAACCUGUGUCAGUUGGACAUAGAUUACUGCAAGCCCAACCCUUGCCAGAACGGAGCCCAGUGCUUUAAUCUCGCCACAGAUUACUUCUGUAACUGCUCCGAGGACUACGAGGGAAAGAACUGCUCACAACUAAAAGAUCACUGCCGCACUACUCCCUGCGAAGUGAUUGACAGCUGUACAGUUGCAGUGGCUUCCAAUAGUACCCCAGAGGGUGUGAGGUACAUUUCCUCCAAUGUGUGUGGACCACACGGCAAAUGCAAGAGCCAACCUGGAGGCAAAUUCACCUGCGAGUGCAACAAGGGUUUCACUGGCACAUACUGUCAUGAAAAUAUCAAUGACUGUGAAAGCAGCCCAUGUAAAAAUGGAGGAACCUGCAUUGAUGGGGUGAACUCCUACAAAUGUAUUUGUAGUGAAGGAUGGGAAGGAACCUACUGUGAAAUAGACAUAAAUAACUGCAGUAAAAAUUCAUGCCACAAUGGAGGUACUUGUCGGGACUUGGUUAAUGAUUUCUACUGUGAAUGCAAGAAUGGGUGGAAAGGAAAGACCUGCCACUCCCAGGACAGCCAGUGCGAUGAGAACACCUGUAACAAUGGGGGCACCUGCUACGACCAGGGGGAUACAUUUAAGUGCAUGUGUUCUCCUGGAUGGGAAGGCACCACAUGUAACAUUGCAAGAAACAGCAGCUGUUCGCCAAAUCCUUGCUUCAACGGUGGAACUUGCGUCGUCCGCGGGGACUCUUUCACUUGUGUUUGCAAAGAAGGCUGGGAAGGUCCGACAUGCUCUCAGAAUACCAAUGACUGCAACCCACAUCCAUGCUACAACAGUGGAACGUGUGUAGAUGGGGACAACUGGUAUCGAUGCGAAUGUGCACCUGGAUUUGCUGGUCCAGACUGUAGAAUAAAUAUUAACGAGUGCCAGUCCUCACCGUGUGCAUACGGAGCGACAUGCGUGGAUGAAAUUAAUGGCUACCGUUGCAUCUGUCCACCUGGCCUUAGUGGUCCAAAGUGUCAAGAAGUUACAGGAAGGUCUUGUAAUAUCAAUGGACAUGCUACGCAAGAUGGAGCCAAAUGGGAUGAUGACUGCAACGCCUGUCAAUGUUUGAAUGGAAAGGUUGCCUGCUCCAAGGUGUGGUGUGGCCCGCAGCGCUGUGACUUAAACCAUAAAAGUCGCAAUGAAUGCCCUCCUGGACAGUCUUGUGUUCCCAUUAAAGACAACCACUGCUUCGUUCCUCCCUGCACUGGAGCUGGUGAAUGCUGGCCUUCCAAUCAGCCCCCACUGAAGACAAAAUGUAACACUAAUGCCAGCUAUCAAGACAACAGUUGCGCAAACAUCACUUUCACCUUCAACAAAGAGAUGAUGUCGCCGGGCCUCACUACGGAGAACAUUUGCAAUGAACUGAGGAAUCUGAACAUCUUAAAGAAUGCUUCAGCUGAAUAUUCCAUCUACAUCACCUGCGAGCCAUCUCCCUUGGCAAACAAUGAGAUCCACGUGACUAUAUCUGCUGAUGAAAACGGAGAUGGCAGGAAUCCUGUUCAAGAAAUCAUUGAAAAAAUAAUUGACCUAGUGAGCAAACGAGAUGGAAAUAACACCUUCAUUGCAUCAGUGGCAGAAGUCAGAGUACAGACACAGGGCAAGAACACAACAGAUUUUCUUGUACCCUUGUUGAGCUCCAUUCUGACCGUGGCCUGGAUUUGUUGCCUGGUAACAGCGUUUUACUGGUGUAUCAGGAAAAGGCGACAGCUCACCAGCCAAAGUCACACAGCCUCAGAGGACAACACCACAAACAAUGUGCGGGAGCAGCUCAAUCAGAUCAAAAACCCCAUAGAAAAACAUGCAGCAAACAGCGUCCCUAUUAAAGACUAUGAAAACAAAAAUUCCAAAAUUGCAAAAAUAAGGACACACAACUCAGAAGUGGAAGAAGACGACAUGGAUAAGCACCAGCAGAAAAGCAGAUACGUCAAGCAGCCAGCCUACACGCUGGUAGACAGAGAUGAAAAGCCACCUCUUAGCACUCCCACAAAACAACCAAACUGGACAAAUAAACAGGACAACAGAGACUUGGAAACAGCACAGAGUUUAAACCGGAUGGAGUACAUUGUAUAGCGGAUGGAAGCGCUGCCAUGCAGAGCUGGUGUCUGCUGUUAAGGGCUCGGGAGUCUCUAGUUCUUAAACUGUUGUGUAAUAUUUGAGUCUUGAGGCUAUUAUUUACUUAGAAUCCCUAUGUUAAUUUAAGUUUUGACAAGCUGGCUUACACUGGCAAAGAUAGUUGCUGUGGUUGGCUGGAAUGCCAAGUGCUGCAUUUCACAUCUAUGCAAAACUAGUCGAAAGUGCCCUAAUGUAAAUUCAGCCACAGUUGAAACAUCAACAGAGACCCUCCAGAAGAUACUGCAUUGCCUUUCCAGUUUGCUAGCUUUUUUAUUUUGUUUCCCUCCACAUUUUCCACAGGCGACCACAAUUAUUCAGUCUCCAGAAUAAUUCCUUUUAUUUAUAUUUAUUAUGUGUAUAUUUUUUUUUAAUUUUUGUAUAUUUGUUUUUAUAGCGAUUUACAACUAGUUCUGUAUUUGAAAGUGCCUUUGUAGCUAAAAACCACAGCAACUAUCAUAAAAAAUUUAUUAUUUAUUUUUUUUAUUGUAUUUUGUGUUGGGGGACGGGGGAGGGGUGGGCAAAACUGUCAGCUGUUGCUGGUAAAAUGAAGAAUUGUCAUGUAGACAUUUUUUGUAUAGACCUGUAAAUAAUUCCUUUUUUUUUUUUAUUAAUCACUGUGUAUAUUUGAUUUAUUAACUUAAUAAUCAAGAGCCUUAAAAUAUCAUUCCUUUUUAUUUAUAUGUAUUUGUUUAGAGUUGAAGGUUUUUGAUAGCUUUGUAAGCUCAUGGCUUAAUUUUUUUUUUUUUUUUACUUUUUGAAUUCCUUUCAUGUUACAUGUUAACUGUAUGCCAAAAUUUACGGUGUUCAAGAAUAGUUUUAUUUUUUAAAAAAAGAUAAAAUAGGAGGGGCACACUUGCCUUGAUGCUGUUUUUUGUACAAUGUCAAAUGUUAAACAACUUUAUAUAGUAUCACUUAAAAAAAAA